AUGCUCGGCAAACUAGUUCUGUCUUUCGGCCUCUUCCUUGCUGGUGUUCAGGCUCAGCAAUCUGUCAACUGCGAGUACCAGUCCUUGAAGUGCGGCUCCGUGCUGCUGGCAGCUCCUUACAGCUACACUGAGGCCCAACUCGUCGCUGCUGUCAAUGACACGACCUCCAUUCCAGUCAUUUCAAUCGCUCAACUCUCCCAGACCCUGUUCCACUGCACAGACAUUCUCGGAACGAUCACUGGAAAUGCCUACUGCUUUGCUGGCUGUGAUACCAAGCUUGGUACUCGUAAUGACCAAUGUAUUCUGUAA